GGAGGGGAAGCAUGAACCACAGUCAGCUCUCUUGCCAGCACAGAGCUGUGCUCAUUCGGCACUCGCGGCUGCAGGACACUCGGGCCCAAUGGAGUGGAGAGGUUGGCAGUGGUGGCUGUUGCUGUUGGUGGGCAUCCAGCUGGCUGGCGGCCAGUGCCCAGAGCAGUGCCAGUGUGUCCGCACCGCCCAGGUAGAGUGCUCCGGCGCCGGCAUCACGGCGGUGCCCAGCCCCAUCCCCGCGAACGCCAUGACCCUGCAGAUCAUCAACACGCACAUCAGCGAGCUGGGCGACUCCUCCUUCGGCAACGCCUCCCUGCUGAUCGGGCUGCGCAUCGAGAAGAACCACCUGGCGCGCAUCAGCCCCGGGGCCUUCCAGCACCUGCCUGACCUGCGCUACCUCAGCCUGGCCAGCAACAAGCUGCAGGAGCUCCCUGUGCAGGUCUUCCAGCCGCUGGGCAAGCUGGAGUCUCUGCUCCUUUCCAGCAACCAGAUCCUCCAGGUUGAGCCUUCCCACUUUGCUCACCUGAGUAACCUCAAGGAGCUGCAGCUGCACGGGAACAACCUGCAGGAGCUGAAGGAGGGGGUGUUCGACCAGCUCACCAGCCUCACCAAGCUCAACCUGGCCAGGAACAACUUGGAGCGCCUGCCGCCCCGGGCCUUCGAGCGCCUGGCGCGGCUGCAGGUGCUGCGGCUCUACGAGAACCGGCUCCGGCAGGUCCCGGCGGGCGCCUUCGACGGGCUGCCCGAGCUGCAGGAGCUGGGGCUGCACCAGAAUCAGCUGCAGACGCUCUCCCCGGAGCUCUUCGUGCACAACGGAAACCUGCAGAAGCUCUACCUGUCCAACAACCUCCUGGCUGCCCUGCCGAGCGGUGUCUUCCUGCCCCUGCGUGCCCUGGCCAAGAUCACCCUGCACGUUAACCGCCUGCGGGACAUCUCCCCCAGCGCCUUCGGGCCCAUGCCUUACCUGCGGGAGCUGUGGCUCUACGACAACGAGCUUUCCACCCUCCCCGCCGCCGUCUUCAGCAACCUUACCCAGCUGCAGCUGCUGGUCCUCAGCAAGAACCGGCUGCGCUCGGUGGCGCCAGGGGCAUUCCAGGGCCUGGGGGAGCUGCUGGAGCUGUCACUGCACUCCAACGCUCUGCGCCGCCUGGACGCCCAGGCACUGGAGGGGCUGCCCAAGCUGCAGAACCUCUCCCUGCACAACAACCAGCUGCAGGCGCUGCCACGGGGCCUCUUCAGGGCCACUCCAGCUCUGCAGCAUGUGCAGCUGCACUCCAACGCCCUGGAGUACCUGCACGCUGGCAUCUUCUCCCCCUUGGCUGCCCUCCGAGAGGUGAAGCUGCACAACAACUCCUGGCGCUGCGAUGAGGGCAUUCUGUCCCUGCGAGGCUGGCUGCAGGACAACCCCCACAAGGUGGGCGAGACACCCCCUCUCUGUGCCCAGCCCCCAGCCCUGCGGGGCACCCCCAUUGCUAGGUUGCCACAGGACCAGCUCCUCUCCACCCAGCCUCCCAGUACCUCCUACCACCCCAGCACCCUGCCCCCUGCUCAUCCCUCUGAGCCAGCAUCGCCAGAGAGUGCUUGGACGGAGCCCUCCGUGGGGCUGCCCGUCUCCCCAAGGGAGGAGGAGAAGGAGGAGGAAGAGGAGAGGGGGUGGUGGGGGCUGACACGCACGCAGAGUUGGGUGGUGGUGGCAGUCAUUGUGCUGGUGUGUGUGGCCCUGCUCACUACUCUGGUGGCCCUGGUAGUCUAUGGCUGUAGGAAGAAGAGCAAUGUUGUGCUCAUGAGGAUGAAGGCACCUAAUGAAGCCUGAGUACUCAUCAGAUCCUGGGGAGAGUGGUGCUGGGUGGGACAUCUGCUCCCUAUGAGGCCAAGGGACAUGGCAGUGGCUCUGCAUCAGCUGUCCUUGCUGACUGGGAUAGGCCAGCAUCACCCUGUGUGCUGUGUCCUGCUUUGCUUUGACCCUACCCACCUCUGCAGUAGUGCACCCCCCUGGGUGACUUCCCAUGGCUGCCCUCUGCCCCCAGCCCCUCAUGCCUCCAGUGCAGCCUCUGGGCUCACUGCCUGCACAGAGGCCAGCAGCUGGGGUGCAAAGUGCCGAGAGAGACUUCUCAAGAAAGGAGCCAUAGCCUGGCCAUGAUGACGCUUGCCCCAAACACCAGGACUUCCCCAUCCUCGCCUUUGCAACGUCCUCCCCAGCGCUGUCUGCCCUUGCGCUGCCUGCCACCCACCCCCAGGCCAUCUUCCCUGCUGCCCCACCCUUCAGUCUCUGUCCCUGCCAGAGCAGGAAGGUGCCAGCCCUCACACAGGGCCAGGAGCUGCAGGUCCUUGCGCUGCUUUGUAGCUUGCCUGCGUCCGGGUGGGGCUGAGCUGCCUGGGCCUGGUGCUGCUGCUGGGGUGGCACACCCUGAGUGACUCCACAUCCACGCUGCCCUCCCUGCCUGCAGGCAGGGCAGGCCAGAGCGCAGCCAGCAUCUUCCCCUGCUCCCAGCAGCCUUCUGCUCCCUCUACCCUUGUGCCUCUCCUGCCAGGAGUGCCAAAGGGCGGCAUGCUGGCUCCUGGGUGUUGUCACAGCCCCCCUGAGCCCCUGCUGCACAAAGGCUCAACCCUCCUGCAGCCAGGCACCACCCUGCCCCGGCUCAGCCCUUGUUGCUGAGGGAUUAGAGAGGGGAACACUGCUUGUGAAAUGUCUGCCAGGGCCUGGGAAAAGCUCCUGGACUUGUGCCCCAGGGCAGCUGGAGUAUGUUGAGGCCUCAUCUAUUGCUUCUCUGCCCUGGUCCUCACUGCCUCAAUAUCCUCAUGCAUCCUUCACCAGCUAACGAGCCCUGCUCUGCUGGCAAAGCUUCUUCCCCUUCCCCCAGUGUCCUCCUGUAUUUGCCUAGUUCUGCUGCCUGCUCACAGCCCUCAGGCUCCAGGGAGGUUGGCAGCACACAGUGGAGGGGCAGCAACUGCUGGCUGCACUGCAAUACACAGAUGGGGACAAUGCCAGGCCUCUGCAGCAUCUACAUCCAGCAGCCCCCCUGCCUCUUCCAGCUGUGGCAUGGCCACAGAGGGAUCCAGCUCCCCUCUGCACUCGGUGCAGCAGCACUAGGAUGCCUGCAGACUGCUGCCACACGACAGGAGUCACAUUUGGCCUUCACCCCAUAGUGAUGGUUGUUCACAGUACCCUGAAAGCCAGCACUGUCACUAGCAGCUCUCCACUAACGCACAUGACAAGAUGCUCCUUUGGACUGGGAUCUGUAUGGUGGUGGAAGACACAGGACUGUGCCGUGGGGAUGUUGGGUGCUUCUAUGUGACCUCUCCAGUAAAGCGCAGUUCUCCA